CGUCGGCCACGCAAAGCGAAGGCAGCGGCUGCUGCCGCUCCGCCUCCUACCUGCAUUCUAGUCCCCCACCUCUGCGCGGUCCGUUUAGAUCCCGAUCCCCCCCGGAAACAUCGGCUCCGUACUCUCCGUUCCGGGGCUGUAGUGUCGGCGGCGGCCCCGCUCGCCUCUAUAGAGAGAUGGAAGCGGAGAAGGGGCGAGCGGUGACCGCAGGGGAAAGGGAGGCCUGGAUGGACCUCGCUGUAAACAUGGUGAGUGAGGGAGGGUGGGGAGCGGAGGGGCUGCAUAAAAGGACGGUCGCGUGAGUCUUGUGGCUGGGAUGCUCGUCGAAGCAAAAACGAGUCUCAUGGCGCGUUAAACGCCUAGGCAGUUUUGUUGUCAUCUAAGGGUGUAGGAGCUGGAUUAGGCCAAAGGCCCACCGAGGACACUCAGUACAACAUCCAGUCUUCACAAUACCCCUAGGCCUAGGGGAAGCCCGCAAACCCCUUGUCAGUGCUGAUUCUCUCAAGGGCCAUGCGAGACAUGUAUGGAUAAAGGAAGCGUGUCUUUCCUUUAGUACCCUCGGGUGCAGCUCACAAGCUCCAAAGGUUUGAAUUCAUUUACACUAGCUAGGUAUUACCUUACCACCUUCCCGCCUUCCUAUCUUGGCCUUCAACAUCCUCCCUGCAUCGUCUAUUAUGUUAUCACCAGGAUGGACCUUCAUUCCAUUUGGGUUAAGACAGAGGCAAAGUACUGUAGUUUGUUGAGCAGUUCCGACUUCUCUCGUGGCAUCCAACAGCAUUUCUCCCAUCUCCAUGCAGAUGACCUACUACUUGCUUGUUCUUCCUAUUGUUUUGAACAUAGCCAAAGAAGCAUUUGUUUGUUUGUUUGUAACUUCUCUAACAAGCCUGAGCUCAUUCUGAGGAUAGACGUAGAUAAGGGGUAAAGGUAAAGGGACCGCUGACCAUUAGGUCCAGUCUUGGCCGACUCUGGGAUUGCGGCGCUCAUCUCGCUUUAUUGGCCGAGGGAGCCGGCGUACAGCUUCUGGGUCAUGUAGCCAGCAUGACUAAGCCGCUUCUGGCAAACCAGAGCAGCACACGGAAAUGCAAUUUACCUUCCUGCCAGAUUUAUCUACUUGCAUUUUGACGUGCUAUCAAACUGCUAGGUUGGCAGGAUGAUAAGGGAAGAGAAGAAGAGAACUAUAUUUUGCUAGAUAAGGGGUAGCAAAAUAUAGUUCUCUUCUUCUCCUCCCUCCCCUGCAUUUUGGCAUCAUUUAACAUCUAGCCUGAUGAAAAGUUCAGGAGAACUUGAAAGCAUGCACUCAAAUUUGUGAUAUUAUUGCAGUUGGCCAGAUAUUGCCCUAAUGUGGGUUUUUGAAUUUUUAUUGUGUUCUAACAUGGCUGCCUUUGGUUAUUAUAUGAAAAGUGGGGAACAGAUUAAUUUCCACCCUUACUCUUGAGAGUAAUCCUUGGGUAAGAAUAUAUUGGAAUUGGCUGCUUUCUUAAUGCUGGCUUGUGGGGUGGGAGGAUUUGGAACGCAAUGUACUUUGCCUUGGUGUAUAUAAUCAGUGAUAAAGCUGCUCUUGUUUAUUCAUUUUGUAUCUGAUAGGCUAAAGAAGCACUAGAGAGUGGUGAAGUACCUGUUGGUUGCCUCAUGGUCUACAAUAAUGAGAUCAUAGGAAAGGGAAAGAAUGAAGUUAAUGAAACUAAAAAUGUAAGUUAUUUAACUGAAUUAAGCUAAUGUAAAUCACUGCACUGCAUAUGUGGGUAAAAACUCCUUAAGUUGGUAUAAUUGUAAUCAUUUUUGCAGUCCAAAAACAUGCAUCUUGUGUAACUUCUGAGUGGCAUAUGUACACUGCUGUCUCUGGAAUAUUUGCAUGUUGUGCUCCUUCUUUCUGGAAAUUAGGUGUGUAAAGCACUGUGUUUUCAGUAGUUCUCUGCAACUCUUGAACAUCUUCCAAUAGGAGAAAUAUCACCUAGAACCCUUCCUACUGUAAUUCAGAAGGGCCAUGACAACAUUCCUUUUCCACAAGGCAUUUGGCAUAGCACUGAUUUCUGAAUGCUGGUGAGAAUUCAUUUUCAUUACUUUUGGUCCUUUGAUUUGUUGUUUCAGCUUCUGUGUUUUUAUCGUAACUGUAUCCGGCCUUUCUGCAUAUUAAUGCAACUGCAUUUUAAUUAAAACUUUUUUUUAAAAAAAUAGUAUAAUUCUUAAAAGCAGCAGCUUUUCACUGAAAUAUUUUCAGGACACAGCUAAAGCUGAUACAGUGGUGUUUAUUUAUUUAUUUUUUAAAAAAACAUUUUAACUUUGUUAACAAUCUCAAAGAUUUUCUGAUCAAAAGUUGAUGUGUUUUUCAUCUUAUUUUUUAUAAAUGUUUGCCAAGAAAAGUUGCAGUUUACUGACAGUGUUCCAUUCACAAAAUGCAUGCAUGUUUUUGUUGUGGCUGUGUGGGUUUUUUUAAGCUCUGGUAUCUGUGCCCGAGUACAAAAUGUGAGAAGUGAUCCUGAGCUGGAUUGUAUGUUGAACAGCAUAAUAGACUUGUUUUAAUCUGCAGCUGGGGGAGUUCACUGUUCAGAUAGUGCAGCCAAUACUUCUCUGAGCUGACCCUUCUGAAUUGUCUGGCAGGAGAUGGAGCAAAUAUUACCAGCAUGUUUUUCCCUCUGGCAGCUUCCUUGCCUGCUCUUGUUUUCCCUCCUUCAUGCUUCUGUUUCUGUUUGAACGUGCAUUGUUUGUUCUUUUUGGCUGUAACAGUUAUCUGGCACACUAAACCUCACUUGCAAGCAUAACCUGCCCACCCACCUGGUUUGUCCUUGAAGAUGUUUCAUCGAUAACCUCUAGCAUCCAGUUUGGUCUUUUGAGUAUGCAUAUAUUACAUAGCACAGCAAACCUAACAGAGCUCUCUGAGUUGCUCACAAUCAAGGGCAAAAUUCAAAGCAUCAAGGUAACAGUGUAACAAUAUUACAGUGGUACCUUGGGUUACAUAUGCUUCAGGUUACAUACGCUAACCCAGAAAUAUUACCUCAGGUUAAGAACUUUGCUUCAGGAUGAGAACAGAAAUCGUGCUCCGGCGGUGCAGCGGCAGCAGGAGGCCCCAUUAGCUAAAGUGGUGCUUCAGGUUAAGAACAGUUUCAGGUUAAGAACGGACCUCCAGAAUGAAUUAAGUACUUAACCCGAGGUACCAGUGUAUCUUGGAUGGCAGGGAGACUCAUGAAAGUACACUUCCUUGGAUGAUCUAACUGCAUUGUGGUGAUGGCAAUAUUACCACAUAGCAUGCAUAUUAGGAUGCAGUAUUUCUUUUUUUUUUUUUAAGCGUUUAUUAAUUUUCCAAUAAAAACAUCCAAUUAACAUAUCAAAUCAAAUCCAAUAAAAAUAAAAAAAUAAAAUAAAAAAGGUCCAAUUGUCUUCCAAAUUGUAAUAAUUUUGUUUUGACUUCCCACGGUCUGAAUUUCGAAGCGCAUUCAACAUCAUAGUCCUGCCUCUCAUCAUCCUCAAUGUUAUUCAUAAUUCCAUGUCCGAUUUUUCCCUUCAACAUUUUGACUCUGGUUCUACGAUCCUCACUCAUGUCAGAAAACCGAUACUUUUUUUUCCCUAUGGAGUGCAGAUUUGUCCGUAUAUUGUACUCCUUGAGCUGUUUUUUCAUCGCACCGCUUCAUUUAAUUGCAUCCAAUUUCAAAGUUCUGUCCAGCUCUUUGAGAGUUGUUAUUUUGGCAGCUCCCAGAUCGUUAAUCUUUCCCGUCCAGGUGUUAUCAAAGAAACAGAGAGAAAUUUCCUUCUGUACCCUCCUUGUUGAUUUAUCUUAAACAGACUGUUUGCAAUGUAGCCAUAUAUCAGACAGUUAGCAAUUGGCCUUUGGAAUCUUCCCAGUCCCCCCUCCGGGCCCUAGAGGGGGGACUGCCAGACAUCCAUUUAGCCCUCUCUCUCACUCGUAAUCAAAAAAACAUCUUUUUGCAAACAGUUGUAUAUGUAAUAUUGUUUCCAGUCUUUAUAACCAACCAUCCGUUAGCUCCUGUUUCUCUUAAUCAGGGAAGUAUUUCAGAUAUUCAAUAACGACGUGGUGGGAGACGCCAUUUUGUCCUUUGUCCUUUGUUUUCGUCUUUAACAGACAUUUCCGGUCUUAGAAGAGAAGUGGCUGCGAGUAGAUCCCAAUUAUAUAUGAAAGUCCAUCUGAACUCACUUUUUGAAGAGCAAUUUAAGUUCUUAAUGAGACUUGGCAUGCAUUACGGAUUGUUGAUGUUAAGGAUAAAAGAAUUUUGUUUACAUACCAAGCCCCUCCACAUUCCAAACGUCAUGAUGAGGAUCUCUUUGAAGUUCGAUCUUUUGCACCAGAGACUGUACAUACUGCAGGUUUUUUCCAGCUUCUUCAAUUCAGAGCGUGUCUGUUUGUUUUCCAAAUCUUUAUAUUUUCCCAAACAGAUGCGUCCGGCUAUGGGGUGGCGUCGCAGGAGUGUCAGCCGUCCCUAGCUCCGUGACCCAGUGCCCCUGCCGUCUGCCACAUCGGCAAUCUGGGGCAGACCGUGGGUCGUUGAGACAGUACUCCCCUGCCAUGGGGAGGCUGCCAGGGCUAAUUACCCACAUAUCAGCCCUGAAUUAUCGGAAUGGCUGAAGUCCGAUUGUGUGGGAUCAGCCAUUUUCCACUGCCGGAAACAGGAAGUCUGGAUGCAGUAUUUCAAAUAAACUGUGCCCAAGAUAUGUAGGACUUCUAUGAUCAAACAGUUACAUGUGUGGGGGAGAGUUCCUAUGUCUGUCCACCGCCUGAGAAAUAAGAUAUUUUGUGUAGAGAUGAUUGUGCACUGCCCUGAAUAGGUGCUUAACUUAUCGUAUACCCACAAAUAUGCUCUCACACAUAAUUGUUCCAAAAAGAGUUAAUUUAUAUAAAAAUAACAAGAUCAUUCUAAUAAGAAGUAACUAGUGUGGUACAGCAUGAAAUCACGGUGCAUUUUUUUAAAAAAAUAAUAUUUAUUGCUUUUAUACCUUACAAAAAGAAAAAAAGAGAAAAGAAGAAAGAAAAGAAGAGGGGGAAAAAGCAAAAAGCAAAAGAGAAAACAAUACAAUACAAUAUAUAAACAAUACAGAAUGCAAUAUUAUCAUUAACACAUUAACAAAACAAAAACAAUUCAAAAAAUCACACAUCGUACCAUCUCGGUAUCCUCUCUUUCAUUCCCUUGUCUCAUCGACCUCCUCUCACCUCCCUUUUUGUAUUCCAUUUCUAUUGUUUCAGCAAAUCCUUUCCAUCUUUCUCUAUUUUCUGUCAUGUAAUUAUCUUAACAUAUUUUAACCUUGUUUUCCAUUAAUACUAUAAUACUUAUUUAUACUUAAUUACUUAAAAUAUUUCUACUAAAGCCAUAUAAUUCCCUUCCAACAUUUUUCUAACACUCAUUAAUUUUACAUUAUUUCCAUAUAUAGGUUUUAAACUUUUUCCAGUAUUCUUCCACCGUCUCUUCUCCCUGGUCUCGGGUGCAUUUAAACCAGUAUCCUAACACAUUAACACUCCUAGUCUGACAGUCUGUCCUUUGUUUUAUAGGACUAGCAUGAUGAUAAGAAUAGUUUCAAAUGCGUAUAUAUCUUAAGUUCCCCGUUAGUUCCUGCGGUAGUGAAGUAGUUGCCCAUUCCCACCAUUGGAGGCUAUCAGUGUAGCUGGAGGGGCUAAAGAAUAAGAUGUGUGUGGCAAAUUCAUUCAAAAAAAUGGGUUCCAUGUGAGUCCUCACAAGGUGGAGAUUGGGAGGGGAAAAGCUAUGCUGUGAUAGCAAAUCUCCCCUCCAAAAUGUGGAUCAUGAUUGGAUUCAUAAAAGGGAAGUACAAGAACUGAGAGGGCUAUUAGGUGUGUAGGGAUGCUGUGAACUGGCCUGAAAUCUUCGGAUGGUCAGUAAACAAAUUUUCAUCAUCAUCAUCAUCAUCAUGAUAGUGUCAGCUCUGGGACAAAGAAGGCGGCUGAACAUUUCCUGGAGUGCUUCACACUGUUCAUGGUGUCUGCUGAUCCUGAUCUUUCAGAAGCCUGGCUAAAAUAUAAAUUCAUUUGCAAAACUGUCUUAUAACAUUGGUUUACAGACAAAUGCAUAAGAUACUAAUAAUUCUGUUUGCUAUGUAUUUGUUAUCAGUUAUUUAUUUUUCGAUCUCGACUUUGAUCUGAAAUAAUUUGUGGAACAAGUUAUUGCAAGGGAAACAGUCUACCUGAAGGGAUUUAAAACAAUGUUCAUAAAACUUUAACAAAUUAAGUCAGAACAGUCAUUAAUCUACCCAAUGUUUAAUUUGCUUCCUGUCUUUGAUCGCUAUCUUAACAGCAACAGAGUGGUAAAGAAGUGGAAUUCAAUGAAAUAUAUAGGCUUCAUUUAUCAUAAGCCAAGCAGCCUUAAAUAGCUUAAAACAUCUCUUAUCAAAAUAUGUGUUCUGUUUUGUCGCUAAAUGGUGUAUUAAAGCAUUUGGGCUAGUGCACCAACUGCAGUUCCUAUCCAUGCUCUUGUUAAUAUCCUAUUCAGGCAAGUAUAAUGUUUUGUACAUGGGGUUGUGUUUGAGGAAUGGACAUAACAGUAAGUUCAUUAUGCAGUGGCUAGACUGCUAAGUGAGAACUGACAUCCAGAUCAUAACUUGCCAGCCUUGAAAUAACUGCUCUAUUUCUUUGGGCUGGUUUUAGUCUCUAAAGGCUGAAAUGACUUUGAUUCUUUGGUGCCUUCUCCUACGUGAAUCUGUUCAAGUAUGACGAUGAUCCUCAGAGCCUGUUCUCUGGUCCCACUGCCAUUGGAGGUGAAGCCAGAUCAACGGUUGUAGCCUCCGAGCACUGAAGUGUUUUCCCCAGAGACAUUGAGUCUGCUCUUUUUAUCUUCCCAAAUCUUUUAAUUCUUGUUUUUUGAAUCCUGUUUCAUCACGGUGUGUGUCUUGUUGUUGUUCCUAUUUUAAAUGAAUUUUUAUGUAAGCCUUGCCAGCUUAUGAUCAGGGUAAAGAAUAUCAAAAUGUAAAUAAAUGAAUGAAAUGGAGGUAUUCGGUCUGCCUGUGAACAAUACUGACAUUCUAUUGAGCCUAGGAGCAUUUUCAAAUGCUCCUAAUUGAAAGUGACUGUAGAUGGAAUAUGUGAACACGCCUAAAGCUGUUGAAAGAGGGAGGGUGUCUUCUGUGGUAUCCUUUGAGCUCUUAUGACUAGUAGGUCUCAUUGCCUCCCUCAUAUUUAUUCAUAGACUAAGUUAGAUACAAAAUAAGGAUGUUGAUAUCUUGACAAGUAAGGAAAGCAUUUUGCCUGUAGCUUAGCAUUUCCCCCCAACUGGCCACUUUCUGUCUGACCUCUCUGUCCUUGCAUAAAUGGAAAUCUGGGUAAAAACUGGGAUGUUUUCAAUAAUGGAAAAGCUGAUUAACAUAACAUUUGUUAACCAAGGAUAAAGAGAAACAGAUGUAUUGUGCAUUUUCCCUUUAUAACAGAUUUUGAUAAGGAAGAACCUUUCAAUAAAGUGCCAACAACAUACUCUGCUUUUCUAUUUUACAAGAGGAAAUUUACCGCUUUGAAAUGAAAUUUCUGCAGUUAUUAUGACCAUCUUUUAUAUGGUUUUAGUGGUUAAGCUUUGGCAGCACGGAAGAUCCUACCCUAUUGCCUUCCUACUAAAAAUAGCAGGAAUCCAUCCAUUCAGAUUGAUACAUUACUAUUUGGUGUAAAUACUGAUGUUAUUUCCCUGUAUCCCCACAGGCUACUCGCCAUGCAGAAAUGGUAGCAAUUGAUCAGGUCAUGGACUGGUGUCGUCAGAACGAGAAGGAACCCAAGGAAGUAUUUGCGAACACAGUGCUAUAUGUCACUGUAGAGCCCUGUAUAAUGUGUGCAGCUGCUCUGCGAAUGAUGAGUAUCCUUUGGAGAAUUAUCCAUUUGUAUGUUAAUUUCAUCUCACAUAUCAGUUGCUAACAAGGUAACAGAGGGCAGCUCUAUGUUGACAUGAGGCCUGUGUCAUUGGGUCUAAGGGGAUUUGUUUGUGCAGACAUGAUGGGCGUAAGGAGAGCUGUGCUGGACAAGUUCAAAGACGUAACUGGUCCAGCAUCUCUUUCCAACUGGGCUGAACCAGAUCCUAGGAAAGCCAACAAGCAGAGCGCAUUUCUAUGUCCCUCUGCUAUUCCCCAGGUUCUGCACCUAAGGAGAAGAAGUUUAAUUUAGCAAGUAUUUGUGUGGGUGAGUCUAAGCAAGGAAUGGGUGCCGGGUGUAGCCAAUGCCACAAUGAAGCAGGGUGAGGCAGCUUGCAUCAGGUGGCAAUCUUUGGGGUUAUCAUGACUUAGUUUAUAAUUAUUACCUUCCCUGGGUGGAGCUUGUGCCUCAGGGGCCAAAGUGUAUUGUGCCAUCUCUGCUCUGGGUUAGGAUAGGGUUGCUGUAUUUCAAUAAGUAAAAUUCCUGACACCCGCAAAGUUGUUGAGCAAGCAUAACCUGCCCACCCAGCUGGUUUGCUCUUGAGGACCCAAAAAUUGUUUAGCUUUUUUUGGAAGCAAACCCACAUUGUUGAGCUUUUUUUGGGGAAAACCUCCCCUCCAAUUGUGACUUUAAGCUUUUGGAGCUGUUUCCACUGCUUUUCCCCCCCAUCACAUUGCCAUACAUCUGGGUUUUCCCUGACAUUUUGGCAAUUCCCCCAACGCAAUUUUUACACCCGAAAACCAGGACAUGUCAGGAAUUUUCCUGACAUAUAGCAAGCCUAGGUUAGGAAAUUUGGAAAGGAUACAGUAGUGGUAGUUAUUGCUCUCAGAUUGUGGGCAGAGGGGAACACUGAAUUAGCAGCAAAGGAGUUGAAUUAAGUGGGGGAAGUUUUGCCCAGAGAUAUGACUAGACAGUAGUGUGUCUGUGGAAAAGAGGAGUUUAUAUCAUACGUGAGAAAGGAGGGAGGCAUUGGUUUGAGACAAGCACAAUUAUAUAGCCUAUUAAAUGAGGGUAAUUCUAUUCUAUACUCCUUCUUUUCUUAACUUACAUAUAUAAAUCCCACUGGUUGUAUAUGGCUGCCAAAAUGAACGAUUCGGAGGCUGUGGUUCGGUUUUGAACAUCUCUUCUGCCAGCUUAACGGACACAGGGGAACCAUUCCAGGUGAAAUACUUGUCACGGAUGUGUGUGUUUUUAAAAAACAAUAACAACAAAAAUGAAAGUGUGUAGACAUCAGUGGCCAAACUUGGCUUUCCAUCUGUUUUUGGACUACAACUUCCUUCAUCCCUAGCUAACAGGACCAGUGGUCAGGGAUGAUGGGAAUUGUAGUCCCAAAACCUCUGGAGGGCCAGGUUUGACCACCACUGGUGUAGAAGAACCAAGUGCAAGUUGAUGGUACAACCUUAUCCAGAGAGAAAUUAUUCUAAAGGUGCAUCGUUGUCAGUACUUUAAUUCUGAAACUACCACUGAAAUUCAUCCUUAGCACCAUUGUGUCAGCAUUUCUCCAGUGAUAGUUUGGUGCUGAAUCAACAUUCAGAGAGACUGCAAAUAGCUUUAGGAUCUAGAGCAGCCACUCUCUUCCCACCCCCCCCCACCCCCAAACAGAAAUAGCAGGCUGGAGUGUUCUUCCAUAAUAUAGCAUCUUCAGGGCUCCUUUAUUUUAUAGAGAAGAUUAUAAUUUAUCUUUGUUUGAGGUGUGAGGGAAUGCAAACCAUAAAUGGUAAAAUUAGCUGCAAUCAAAAUGGAUUCAGUGAAUGGUUAGGGAGCACUUAAUUGUGCAGCAUUGGUGAAGCUAAGUGGAUCUGAGUAGUCCAUGGACGAAAGACCACAAUAAAUCUUAUGUAUCCCCCCUUUAAAAACAAAGAGCAGGUUAUAAACUUAAUAAAUAAUACACUUAUAUGGAUGAAGGUUUAUCAGAAUAGUUGGAAACCAUUAUAGGACCAGAAUUGGUUGUAAUUUUGUUUAAAAGAGGAAAAAAGGGCACUUUAUUUACCCUGACAUUUAGCAUAGUGAUGACACUAGCUCUACAUCAUGGCAACUAUGUAAGAAAAAAUAUCUUGCAUUUAAGAAAUUUGAUUUCCAUUCUCAAACAAUUGCAAUUAAUGGCUGUGUAUAAAUUAUUCCACCAUGUGUGUGCAUACUGUUUAAAUUAGGGCAUUCAUUGAAAGCAUCCUGUUUUGUGUAUGUGUGUAAGCACUGUCACUUUCACUCACACAUGUCAAGAAAUAAAUGAUAACAGGGAAAGAUUUGUGAGUGGAAAAAGUUGCAACAUAACUAAAUUAUUUUGAUAGGUCAAGGACGUUUUGCUGCUAGGGGAAAAACCAUAGCUGUCAACUUUUCCCUUUUCUUGCGAGGAAUCCUAUUCGGAAUAAGGGAAUUUCCCUUAAAAAAAGGGAAAAGUUGACAGCUAUGGGAAAAACACAUCCACAAAGGCAAGUUCCUUGGCACAAAUUCAUAGAUUCCUGUUCAGCAAACCAUGGUUGGUUGGAAUGGGAAGAGCCUGUGUAUGUGCACACUCUCACUUCCCUUCUCUCAUAUGCCUUCACUCAUUACUUUGGAGGCUUGUUAAACCACAGUUGCUUCUAAUGUCCCAACCAGGAAACUGUUAUUUUAAACUAUCCCUACAAACCAGGCUAUCACACUAUGGUUAUUAUCUGUAAGCCAGUCAAGAUGCAUAUAAGAAUGGUUUGGAAACAUGCUAUUUACAUGUGUAAAUUGGAUACCUUCAGUGGUAAGCCAUUUUUGUUAUUGAAAGGUACUGCUUUGCCUUAAAAAAAACCUCCGGUAUGAAGUUGUUCAGUGGAUUUUCUUUUGCCCCUGAAAGUUGAACACAGUGAUAUCAGAAGUCACAUCUGCUGAAGUUCUUUAUGCUACUAAAGAGUCAGAUAACCUCUUUGGGAUACAAGCUGGUUAAUCUGAGAGGCCUUAUGAACAAAAUAUUCCAAUCUCUACAGUGCAUAGCUGGUUAUCGAUCUGAAGAAGCUGUUGAAAUGCUGAAAACCUUCUACAGACAAGAAAAUCCAAAUGGUAAGUACCCUCUUGUUCUAAUUUAUGUUGGCUUUUGCAUCUUUGAAUAUUAAUGCUUAUGUUUUCUUUUCUUGUGGCAGCACCAAAAUCAAAAGUUCGAAGAAAGGAAUGCAGUAAAUGAGUGGUUGUGAUGGAUAGUAAAGCAAAGCUGGAAGAAUGACAAGUCUUUGAAAAGGCUUGCCAGUAUUGACCUUCCCUCAGCUAUGGUAUUUAGUCCUGAGAGGUGGAGAAAAACAUGUCUGUUACUCUGUAAAAUGUCCAAAAGUAUCACGGAUUGAAAGAUAAUAGUCAAAUUGUCAAAUAUGGCUUUUGGUUAAAAUGUUUGGCUUUUUAUAAGGAACAAUAGAAAGGAGUGGUAUCCUCCAAUAAUUAAAUAGUUAAUAUGACACUGUUGUAGCCCUACUAAUUUUGAACUGAUCAGCUGGAAGACCAGCUAUCCCAAAAGUCCUUAGUUUGGCAGGUAUGCUGACUUCUUGCCACUGAUGCCAUGCACACACAUGAUGAUAUACCGGCCAGUGCACAUAUCAAGUUCUGUUUACAUUUAAACCACUUAACAGCAUAUACAAAUUCAGUGGUCUCAGAGUUCUGCAUGCCCCAUCAGCCAGAACAGAACCAGCAUAUCCACUCAUGGCGUCAGCAGCUAGAAACCUGUGUGAGCAGUGGCUCUUAUGCUGAAAACUGUCACGAGGACCAGUCUUAUUAGCUCUAGGACAUACGAAGCUGUCAUACUGAGUCAGACCAUUGGUCUAUCUAUGGACUACUUAACUGGAAACAGGGGGAUGAAAUUGGGACCUUCUCCCCAUAAAAUAUGUUCUCUUCCAAUGUGCUACAGCCCUUUCCCUUGUAUCCUAGACAGAUUUAUGGUUGGUAUUACUUAGAAGUAAGCUGCUUUCCUCAUCACCGUAGUGCACGUUUCCAAUGUAUACAUAAUUUGGAGGAAUUCAAAGGUAAGCUAGCAAAUCCCAGACAAUGGCUUGUUUAUAUUGAGCUCACUUAAGACAUUCAUGGUUAAGAAAGCUUGACUAUGGUUUGUUCAUGAUGUCUAAGUUGACAAACCAUGGUUUAUGACCAUGUUUGGUUGUGUGUACUUUUUCAGGUUACGCUGCCACUACAGUUAGCAAACAGACAGUUUCUUUUUCUUAUAUGCUUGUGAUAGAAAACCGCCUUGAGAACGGAAGUCUAGCAUACCCAGUAUUUUUUGAAUGAAUAUUCUGUUUCAUAAGUUUUAUAGAUUGCUUUAUUGGGUUUUUUUUGUUAAAAAAAAAAAAGUCAAAGAGGAAUAUUGAGAAGUAGAUUUCCAGAGGAACUUUUCUUAGUAUAAGGUAACUAGGCAGGAAAAUGGCAAUAAGAAAUGCCUAAAGCUUAGAGCUGGCACUUCAGUGCUUAUUGGGUUGUUCCUUGACCGUAUUCUGAUUACAAUCCAGAAGAGGGCCUUGCUGUUCUAAUAAUGAAUGGCCCAGCAGUUUGACAUGGAGCUCUUAUUCCUGCAGAAUGUGCAUGCUGAGCAACUCAACAGGCUGGGAAGCAGUCAAGCAGUGCCUUAUAGAUUUGUAUAUUAUGGACAAUUCCAAUAGUUAGACAAGUCAGAGCUACAGUUGUUGCACUAUUUUUAUUUCUCUAUUAAAUAGAUAAACAAAUUCUGAAAAGGGAUGAAGUAUGUUCCUGAUGGUUAAAUAAUAAAAAUGAAUACAUCUGCCACUUGCCUCCCAUGCUUGGCUUCCAUUGACAUAUAAUAAUUUCACAUUGUGCAUGGCAGAAGGGCAUUUUGGGGGUGGGGGGGGAGGUAACGUUAAGGUAGCUAUAUUAGCACCUCAUUUCUUAAGCAUUAAACUUGGAAUUAGGCCUCACUGAUUUCAAAUACAGCAUUUCAAUAAGCAAACUGG